GCAGCAGCCUGAGCGCCAUGGCUACAGCAACUAAGAGACAUAUGUUUAAAGACACAACUCAAGCCAGGCUUCAGUGAAACAUUUUUGAGUUCCUAGACCCAAGGGAAAAUGAAAAGUCCAUUUCAGUGUGCCAGCCUGGUCCUUAUCAUGUUUGGAACACUGAGCGUAUUCUCUGGGAUUUUUGCUUUCUUCCCAGUAUUUUCCUACAAGACUUGGUUCACUGGAUGGAGUACCCGGAUCGCUUGUCCCAUCUGGAAUGGAGCUCUGGUAAUCACCGUUGGCGUUCUUGUCCACUGGGCUCACAAAAAGCAGACACAAAGAUCUCUGUGGGAAGCUAGUUUCACCUUUGCCAUCUUGAGUGUCAUCGGAUGUCCACUUCAAAUGGCGAUUGCCAUAAAAUCUGCCCUUUUGGGGCCAUAUUGCUACUACUCAUUCUCGGGAUUUGUUGGAACCAAUUAUCUCAGUUAUGCAGUGACAUUUCCUUUUCCUUAUAUGAGAUACUCAUCAAUAUGUGUGGAUCCAUCCCACUAUGAAGAGUACCACCUGAUUCUACAAACGCUUGACCUAACUUCUGGUCUGGUCAUGCUCUGCACAUCUCUGGUUAUUCUGGUCAAGCUUUCUUCCAGACUCUUCCAGUUUGAAGACUUAAAUGGUCAAAGGAAUGGAUGGUGAACUGGAGACAGUGCUCGGUGGAAAUCCCUCUUAUUCCCCGGCAUCUGAAUACAUCUGUGAUUUGUGUGUUUUGAUCCCCAGCUAAUUUUUUUCCAAGCCUGGAAAAACCUUCCUCGGUGGGCUAUGUCAAUGUGAUGCCACAGCUGAAAUUCUUGCAUAAUUUCUUUGCCAGCAGGAAAUUGGAGAUCUGGACUGCCCCAGCCAAAAUGAUUCUCUCUCUCUCUCUUUGAUGGAAGAUUUUAUUGGCCGUGGGGGUCAUCCCUAUGAUCACAUCACCAAUACAAGUUCCCUGUGCCCCUUUGCAAUCGAAUUAAAGCAACAUUUUCUCGGUCUCCUUUCAUUAUUAUAUCUCAGAAGUUAAACAAGAGUAGUAAUCUGAGGUUUUGUUAAUUUGACUUUGACUGGGAGAAUUCCACUCUGCAGCUGGCCCUCUAUCACUGCUCUCACCCACUCUGUCACAUCUGCUUUUAGCCUGUUAUUAAGGGGUCAGAUCCGUAGGGUUCCAGGAUAGUUUCAUCAUAGAAUUAUAGAUCACAAAAAGCUAGAAGAUACUUUCUAGAUGUAUUUGCAAGUUUGAUAUAUUUCAUUUUUUGAUUCUUUCCUUUUGCUCAUAUCCAAUCAAUUCCCAAGAACGAUUCAUAUCCCCUUCUCUCCAUCACUCAUAUCCAUCCCUUUCUCUCCACUCCCUUACCUUCUACCCUAGCUCAAGGACUCGUACUUGUUGCCUGCUAGACUGUUACAAUAAUCUCUUAACCAGUUUGAAUGUCUUCUCCCUUCUUCUGAUAUAUUUUUAAAAAAUAUUUUUAAACAAAUGUAUAAUUGUUCAUGCUGGAAUGUUAAACUGUAAAUGUUGACAUGGGUUUAAGGAUGCUUUGAGAUUCAUUCUUGUCACUUUCCAAGGACAUUACCCUCCCCUCCUUUUGAAUCCUUCCUUGGAAUAUGCCUGUGUGUGUGUGUGUGUGUGUGUGUAUGUGUUUGGGUGUGUAGUUAAGCAAAUUUAUGUGCAUAGUUAACAUGGAAACUAAGAAUUCUAAAAGGUGGAGAUGAAGGAUCAUAUUCUAGGGAUGCAAGGUAGCCUGUUCAAAGUCCAUCAUGGAGUUGGGAUAAAAAAAUAACAUGUGUCAGGAACAGAAAGAAGUCCAGUUUGUCUGGAUCUUAGAAUCUAGGGCUUGAAUUUGUAGCCUAGGUCCAGGAGAGGACUCCUGCAAAUACAAUGUGCCCAGAAUCCAAGUGAGACUUUUGUGGCAGGCUAUUCCCUUCAGAGUCAGAGGCCUUGGGUUCAAAACUCAUCUUUGAUAUUAGCCAUCUAUGUGACCUUGAACUUAUCUUCCUGAGUCUCAUUUUAUUAUUCAUACAAUGAGGACUUUAAACUAAAUGCCUUAGGGAUUUCUUUCUGCUCCAAAGAUGUGAUCUGAUGGAAUAACCAAACAUUGGCCACAUCUGAAAAUUUAGACCUGCCUCUGAGGUUAUGGUUUCCUAUCUUCUAUCACUGUACAGAGUAGGUACUUAAUCAUUGCUUAUUGACUAACUAACUGAUCAACCUCUCUGCUGAAGAAAAGGGAGAAUAUUUCAUUGUCAAAUCUUUUAAAAUCAUGACUGGUCAUUGCAUCUAUAAAGGAAAAGAAAAGGAAGAAAGACAGAUUUUCCUUUAUUGAGGUCAUUCUGUAAAAUCAUUCUGUCCUUCUUCUUCUUCUUCUUCUUCUUCUUCUUCUUCUUCUUCUUCUUCUUCUUCUUCUUCUUC